AUGGCGACGACGUCCAACAUGUUCUUGUAUUCGCUGACUAUCCAGCAACCGAACAACGUCGCCCAAGCCGUGCUCGGCCAAUUCGCGGGUACCAAAGAACAGCUCAUCAUAACUGGUGCAGGAUCACAGUUGACGCUGUUACGACCGGAUCCUUCUUUGGGAAAGGUGACGACCGUUCUGUCGCAUGAUGUCUUUGGGGUAAUCCGAUCCCUAGCCGCGUUUCGUCUAGCGGGUAGUAAUAAAGAUUAUCUGAUUCUGGCCACGGAUUCUGGCAGAAUCACAAUUGUCGAGUACUUGCCUGCACAAAAUCGAUUCUCCCGGCUGCAUCUCGAAACGUUCGGCAAGUCUGGCAUACGGCGGGUGAUACCAGGCGAAUAUCUUGCCUGUGACCCCAAAGGUCGAGCUUGUAUCAUAGCCUCUACUGAGAAAAACAAGCUCGUAUACGUUUUGAACAGAAGUACACAGGCAGAGCUGACCAUUUCCUCACCUUUGGAAGCGCACAAACCUGGUGUGCUUGUCAUUGCCAUGACCGCGUUGGAUGUUGGUUAUGCAAACCCCGUGUUUGCCGCCUUGGAGAUCGAUUACUCAGAGGUAGAUCAAGAUUCCACUGGCCAGGCUCUCGAGGAUACCGAGACACAGUUAGUUUAUUACGAACUCGAUCUCGGACUGAACCACGUUGUUCGAAAAUGGUCAGAGCCCGUGGACCCCACAGCAUCUAUCCUCUUUCAGGUACCUGGAGGAAACGACGGACCCAGUGGAGUUCUUGUCUGCGGGGAAGAGAGCAUAACAUAUCGGCAUUCGAAUCAGGACGCGUUUCGUGUCCCGAUUCCGCGGAGAAAGGGAGCAACGGAGGACCCAUCAAGAAAACGCACAAUCAUAUCGGGCGUCAUGCACAAACUGAAAGGUAGCGCUGGCGCCUUCUUUUUUCUUUUGCAAUCCGAGGAUGGCGAUCUCUUCAAAGUCACAAUUGACAUGGUCAAUGAUGAUCAGGGCAACCCAACCGGCGAAGUGCAGAGACUCAAGAUUAAGUACUUCGAUACUGUGCCAGUUGCCACCAGUCUUUGUAUCUUGAAAAGUGGCUUUCUUUACGUUGCCAGCCAGUUUGGUAACUUUUCCUUCUACCAGUUUGAAAAACUCGGCGACGAUGACGAGGAGCUGGAAUUCAGUAGUGACGACUUCCCAGUGGACCCUCACGCUUCAUACGAUCCAGUUUACUUCCAUCCUCGACCUGCCGAGAACUUGGCUCUGGUCGAAAGUAUUCCCUCUAUGAAUCCGUUGAUGGAUUGCAAGGUGGCCAACUUGACCGGAGAGGAUGCGCCUCAAAUCUAUACUGCGUGCGGAAGCGGAGCAAGAAGCUCCUUUAGGAUGCUAAGGCACGGCUUGGAAGUUAACGAGAUUGUGGCCUCAGAGUUGCCAGGCAUUCCAUCGGCUGUGUGGACGUUGAAGCUGAAUCGGGGAGAACAUUACGAUGCCUACAUCGUUCUGUCAUUCACAAACGGGACGCUUGUGUUGAGCAUUGGCGAAACUGUUGAAGAAGUCAGCGACUCUGGCUUUGCUACCAGCGUUCCCACUCUCGCAGCGCAAUUGUUGGGAGAUGACGGUCUAAUUCAGGUUCACCCGAAAGGCAUUCGACACAUCCGCAACGGAAAGGUCAAUGAAUGGGAUGCUCCACAGCAUCGGUCCAUUGUGGCAGCCUCUACAAAUGCCCAUCAAGUUGCAAUUGCACUCAGCUCCGGCGAGAUUGUAUACUUUGAGAUGGAUUCGGAUGGUUCCCUCGCGGAAUACGAUGAGAAGAAGGAAAUGUUCGGGACCGUUACGUGCCUUAGCCUGGGUGAGGUCCCAGAAGGCAGAGUUCGCAGUUCCUUUCUCGCUGUAGGCUGUGACGAUUGUACCGUCCGCAUCCUUAGCCUUGAUCCUGAGUCAACCUUGGAGAGCAAGUCUGUCCAAGCUCUCACGGCUGCGCCAUCGUCGCUAGCCAUCAUUGCCAUGGACGACUCAUCGUCCGGUGGUUCCACUCUUUAUCUUCACAUAGGGUUGCACUCUGGUGUGUAUCUGCGCACAGUACUUGACGAAGUCACUGGCGAAUUGACAGAUACGAGGCAAAAGUUCUUGGGGCCGAAACAGGUUCGGCUAUUCCAGGUCACCGUCCAGGGAACCACUUGCGUUUUAGGGCUGAGUUCUCGACCGUGGCUUGGAUAUGCCGACCCCAUCACCAAAGGCUUCGUAGUCACACCGCUCAAUUACGUGGACUUGGAAUGGGGUUGGAACUUUAGCAGCGAGCAAUGCGAAGAAGGUAUUGUCGGAAUUCAAGGCCAAUCUUUGAGGAUUUUCUCCAUUGACCGCUUGGGCGACACCUUGACACAAAAGUCUGUCCCUUUGACGUACACCCCAAGGACAAUGGUCAAGCACCCGGAACAACCUGUAUUUUACACUGUUGAAAGUGAUAAUAACACCCUGCCUCCGGACCUGCGGGCGCAGCUGCUGGCGGACCCGGCGGUAGUCAACGGCGACGCGAAAUCCUUACCCCCCGAAGACUUUGGAUAUCCGAAAGGCAACCGCCGAUGGGCUUCGUGCAUCAAUGUGGUUGACCUGGUAGCAGAAGAACCCCGAGUUGCUCAAACGGUUGACUUGGAAAAUAAUGAGUCAGCUAUUAGUGCUGCCAUCGUCUCGUUUGCCAGCCAGGACAAUGAAAGCUUCCUCAUUGUUGGUACAGGGAAAGACAUCAUCGUCAACCCGCGAAGCCAUUCAGAAGCUUACAUGUACGUUUUCCGAUUUCAAGAGGAAGGGCGGGAGCUCGAGUUCAUUCACAAGACCAAAAUUGAAGAGCCUCCUUUGGCUUUGAUACCCUUCCAAGGAAGACUUUUAGCGGGGGUGGGGAAAACGUUGCGCAUCUACGACCUCGGCAUGCGCCAGAUGCUACGAAAGGCCCAAGCAGACGUAGCUUCUCAGCAUAUCGUGUCCCUUAAUGCUCAAGGCAACCGCAUCAUAGUCAGUGAUGUACAGCAAGGGGUAACCUAUGUCACAUACAAGCCCACGACCAACAAAUUGAUACCCUUUGUUGACGACACGGUAGCUCGAUGGACGACUUGUACGACAAUGGUGGACUAUGAGUCUGUAGCGGGCGGAGACAAGUUUGGCAACAUCUUCAUUGUCCGAUGUCCUCAAAAGGCAAGCGAGGAGGCUGAGGAGGAACAAUCCGGCCUUCAUUUGAUGAAUGCAAGGGACUAUCUCCAUGGAGCCUCGCAACGGUUGGACCUCAUGUGCCAUUUCUACGCACAAGACAUCCCCACUAGCAUUACGAAAACCAGCUUGGUGGUCGGCGGACAGGACGUGCUUUUGUGGAGCGGGUUAAUGGGAACGAUCGGAGUGUUUAUUCCUCUCAUCAGUCGAGAGGACGCGGAUUUUUUCCAGAGCCUCGAACAACAUCUCCGAACUGAAGAUCCACCCUUGGCAGGCAGAGAUCAUCUGAUGUAUCGAGGGUAUUAUGCGCCAGUCAAGGGAAUUAUCGAUGGUGACCUUUGCGAACGAUACACGCUGCUCGCCAAUGAUAAGAAGCAAAUGAUUGCCGGCGAGCUGGAUCGAUCGGUUCGAGAGAUUGAGAGGAAGAUAUCGGAUGUUCGUACCCGAUCCGCUUUUUAA